GGCAGAACAAAGCAAUUUACCCAACGCAACAAAAGAACACUCUUCAGACUCCAAUCUGUGAUCUCAUCUUUUUGAGAAGACUUUUGUACAGUACAGAUCUCUGGUCGCAAUGGCACCCCGCUCUCAACUAGAGAUUGCUACGGCAUCUGUCCAGCGCUUGAUCAAGGAAGAAGCGUCCUAUCACCGCGAGCUACAGCAGCAAAUGGAGAGAAUCAAGAAACUCGAAUCCGGCGAGGGUGGGGACGAUGAGAACAAGGAGUGGACUCUGAAGCAGGAGCGCCUUGCCCUCGAGGAGACUAGGAAGGUCCUUCCGACCCUGAAGCAGAAGAUUGUGGAUGCGAUCGCUAAGCUUGAUCAGUUGCUGAUCGAGGAGGGCAAGAAGGGCGCCGAGAGCAAUGUCGAGCAGAUCAAUGCUGCCAAGGAGGCUAUCUCCCAAGCCAGAACAGCAGAGCGAGAGAUCUCGUAAAUCCACGUUCACUAGUUCUGUCUAUGCAAUUAUUGUAAAAGUACAACAUGGGAAAAAAAAAAC